AUGCCCCACAAAGAGAGUUCUAAUCGACGAGACCCUGGCAAUGUUCAGGCCUGGCUGAUUGGCGGCGGCAUCGCGUCGCUAGCAGCCGCCGUUCACUUGAUCAACGAUGCCAAGGUCCCAGGAAAAAAUGUCCACCUACUUGACGAGCAUAGACGUGCUGGCGGCGCGAUGCAGAGCUCCGGUGAUGCAGAAAAUGGCUACGUGCUCCGUACUGCCUGUCUGCCAUAUUUCCAUGAUAUCUGUGUCCAAGAUCUUCUAUCCUACGUGCCCAGUCCCGGGAACAAUGGUCGAUCCAUCAUGGAUGUGGUGCGAGACUCUGAGAGCGGGGAGGGGGUGAAGAAGCCGAUUGCGUCAACUCGGCUUGUCGAACAACGUUCCGAGGGCCUUGAGAGCGUUGACGACAAACAGUUCCAUUUGGGUAUUAAACACCGAUGGGAUCUCAUCAAGCUCAUGGUGGAGGGUGAGAAAGCGGUCGCCGGCAAGGCUAUCAAAGACCUUUUCGAUGAGUCGUUCUUUAACUCCAAGUUCUGGACGCUGUGGUCUACAACCUUCGCACUGCGACCCGAACACGGAGCGGUCGAGUUCCAGAGACACCUGCGCAAAUACCUUGAAAAGAUCAAAGACAUCAAUAAUGUCAGUGCAUUGGACCGCACCCAGUACACUCUCUAUGACUCCGUUAUCCUCCCUAUAAUUGCGUAUCUGGAGAAGGAGGGCGUCGACUUCCGGUUCAACGCGAAAGUAACUGAGCUCGUCAUGUACCCGGAGGGCGACCCUACGACAGUCUCUGAGAUCAAACUCGUUCAUGAUGAUAACAACCCCUCGCUUGUGACUAUUGACCCCAUGGACAUUGUUAUCGUUACUCUUGGCUCGGUCAGUUCGGGAUCGGUGGUCGGAUCCAACCAUGCACCACCCACCUCGGAGGCAUCUGUAGAAGAUACAAUCAUGGAAGACUGGUCCUUAUGGAACAAGGUUUCUACGUUGGCUACGAGGAAAUUCGGUGAUCCCGUUCCCUUCCGUUCGCAUAUCAAAGAGUCCACGGUCGAAACAUUCACUAUCACCUUGAAGGAUCCUUUAUUCCUCGACACCUACGAAAAAUGGACGCACAACCAGGCCGGCUCAGCUGCCUUAGUAUCGUUUGUUCAUAGCAACUGGAACUUGAGUCUCAGCGUACCAUGCCAGCCCCUCUUCGCCAACCAGCCGGCCAGCGUUCACGUUGUCUGGGGAUACGGCAUGGAGCUCGAGAAACCGGGCAAUAUCGUGAAGAAACCAAUGAAGGAAUGCAGCGGGGAGGAGAUACUGAUAGAACUGCUUGGCCAUCUGGGUCUCGAUCAGGAACGCGUGCUCCCCUACGCUAACACGAUCCCGUGCAUAUUCCCAAUGGCCACGGCGUCGUUGCUGAAACGGGCUCACUUUGACCGUCCCGAGGUAAUCCCCCAUAAUACGACGAAUAUGGCGUUCGUCGGUCAGUUUGUGGAGAUCCCGCACGAUACGACGUUCAGUAUGGAAUAUAGCGUGCGUAGCGCUCAGAUGGCGGUAUAUAAUUUGAUGGGGCUUUCGAAGCGUCCUCCGCCUGUUAAGACCAACGUGUUGCUGGAGGUGUUUGGAUUGCUGGCUUAA